AUGACUUACAAUUUUGAAUCUGAUUUAUCUGAAGCGUUUGGACAAUUACUCAAAACAGAAACGGAUUAUAAUGUUAUUAUUCAUAUUGGAAAAGAACCUAAUUUCAAGGAAUUUCAUGCACAUUCUUGUAUUUUACGCUGUAGAUCCGAAUAUUUUAAUAAAACAUUAUCCGCUGAGAAUAUCGAAGAAAAAGAUGGAAAAUAUAUAAUUAAAUUACCAAAUAUUUUGCCACGAGUUUUUAAUGUUAUUCUUAACUAUUUUUAUACUGAUAAAAUAGAUAUUGCUAAUAAAACUGGAACUGAGCUAUUGAAUUUUAUGUUUGCUUCUGAUGAAUUAAUGUUGAAAAAAUUAACUAAACUUAUCGAGGAUUCUAUUAUUAAGAAUCAACAACAAUUCUUGCAAAAUGACCCAAUCGGAAUUUUUCAAAUUAUUUAUUAUUGUAAAUCACUUGUUAAUUUACAAGAAUAUUGUUUGGAUAAAAUUUGUUCUGAUCCAAAAAUUUUAUUCAACUCCGAUAAAUUCACUCAAUUUCCUGCUCCUCUAUUGGAAAUUAUUUUAAAACGUGAUGACUUGAAUUUAAAAGAAAUUGAAAUUUGGGAAAAUUUAAUUAAAUGGGGAUUAGCUCAAGAGAAAUCACUUAAUCAAGACGUCUCUAAAUGGAAUCAAGAUGACAUUAAUAUGUUUAAAAGAAUUCUGUAUAAAUUCAUUCCCUUAAUUAGAUUUUAUGAAAUCUCUACUGAAGAUUAUUUUAACAAAGUUAAACCCUAUGAAGAUAUUUUUUCUAAAGAAUUAAGAGAUGAUAUUUUAAAAUUUUAUAUGAUUCCUGGAUACAAACCAAAAUAUACACCAAGACAUCCAAAAUGUUAUGCAGACUCUAUUAUAAUUAAUCAAGAGCACCUUAUAAUUUUUACAGAUUGGAUUGAUAAGAAAAAAGACGUUAAAUAUAUUUAUAAUUUUAAUCUCUUAUAUAGAGCUAGCAGGGAUGGUAAUACAGCCAAAGCAUUUCAUGCUAAAUGUGAUAACAAAGGAGCUACCAUAGUUGUAGCAAAAAUUACAAAUUCGGAACAAAUAAUUGGAGGAUAUAAUCCACUUUUUUGGGAUUCAAGUAAUGGUAAUAAGAAUAUAAAAGAUAGUUUUAUAUUCUCAUUUACGAAUAAGAGUAAUCUUCAGAGUGCAAAUGUUGUUUACAGUAUUGGUAAUUGCCACGUGCAGUGUUAUCCAAAUCGUGGCCCAAUAUUUGGUAAUGAUUUAGGUUUAAAUUUUUCUAGCGGUCCUAAUAUUUGGACCUAUUGUUGGUAUUUACUAAAUUGUUAUCCUCCACUGGACUUACCAAAUAGUAUUAAUGUAGAUGAUUAUGAAGUAUUUCAAGUUAUUAAAAGAUACUAG